AUGAUCUCCGGCGCGCCCGCGAGCCAGAACCUUGAUGAGGCCACUGCGCUCUUUUCGAGGUUUGGGGACAUCGCGCGGCUGGACACCACCUUGGGUGCCGUCACCGGAUUGGUGUUCGUGACUUUCUUUGAUGUGAGAGUUGCACAGAAGGUUCUGCAGCAUUUCGGCGCGCUGGCAGAGCCUUUUCAACCGGCCGCGUACGACUUUCGUGCCGUGAGCAUCGCUCCUCACGUCAUUGCUGAUCUCCCCGACCAGUUUGGUCAGCUUCACAGCUUCGGAGAGAUUGCUGGGGUAUCGCUUUGCGGAGAGGAGAUCAUUGUCGAGUUCUACGACAUGCGUGCAGCUCAACAGGUCACGUUCUUUGUUCCGGCCAGCCGGCCAAGGCGGCAGGUAAGCCAGACUGCCGGACAGGGGCAAGGACAAGCACAAGUGCAGAACGGCCAGGUGCCCCGCAGUCCGUUGGCCACUGACUGGGUGCAGGAGACCUUGAGUGCCUCGAAGCUCUUUUCCUUGCAGGGGGCCGUCCCCGGGUCACCUCCGCUGACCGGCAAGGGAAGUGAGCCUCCCACGACCCCACCAUCAAAAAGUGGACCGAAAUGGCAAGGACAUGGCAAACCUGUGCGCGAGAAGGCGAGAGUGGAGGACUUGCUAAAGUUCGACAUCGUGCCCGAGAAGAUCCAGUCCGGCGAGGACACGAGAACCACUGUGAUGGUGAGGAACAUUCCCAAGGCCUGCACCCGAGAGGCGUUCGUGGAGCUGCUACACCCUUGCGGUUUGUCGGACAGGUACACCUUCUUCUACAUGCCCUUUGAUAAGCGCCGUAACGUGCACUGUGGCUUCGCCUUCAUCAACUUCCGGACUCCCAGCGAUGUGCUGGUGCUCUGGCAGCGUAUGACGCCGUCCUUCUGGCGAGCCUACCUGAAGAGGGGCCAUGUAUCUGCAUCGACACUACCGGCGGUGAGCUAUGCUCGUUUGCAGGGCCAGGAGCAGCUCACGAAGCACUUCAGUCUGUCGGCCGUGAUGCGCGACAGCGACGCACGCAAGCGUCCAGUAUUCUGCCAAAAGAACAACGUGUCCCAUUCCGAGGAGGCAAAUGGAGAGGCAUUGCCACAUGAGCUGCAAGCAGAGUCCGGCCAAUUCAACCUCGCCGACGGUCAGCGCGGGCCUUUCCACGGGUCGGGUGCCGGUUUGGUGGGGCAGACAAGAGGCCUUGCUACGUGUCCACCAGCGGAGUCCAGGACACGCACUUCUCGGAGAAGGACCUCCUUGGAUUCGAUCUCCUCGGUAACCCAGAGAGUGGCCGACCCAGAAGGAUAUCCAGACGCAGGAAUGUUUUUUCACGUUGGGACUCCCGGCUGA